GCUUCCAACGUGCUAGGAUUACAGGCAUGAGCCAUCAUGCCUGGCCAACAUAUUUAUUUUUGCAUAUUGAACUCCUCAUUGUUCUGGUACCAAAUAAAAUCAAGUCUUAUAGAUAUUAAUGUGAUGGCUCCUGCCAAUCUGCAAAUGGGGCUUACCUUUCUCACUCAGAUGGGAGUGGGAAUCCUUGGAAACUCCUUCUUUCUUUGUCUUUGUAACUUCACCUUGCUUACUGGACACAAGAUUAGACCCACGGAUCUUAUUCUCAACCAGCUGGCCUUUGCCAAUUUGUUUGUGCUUUUCUCUAGAGGGAUCCCUCAUACAAUAGCAGCUUUUGGAUUGAACUAUUUCCUGGAUAAGGCUGGAUGCAAACUUCUCUUCUAUUUUCACAGAGUGGCCAGAGGGGUUUCCCUCAGCACCGCCUGUCUCCUCAGUGGCUUCCAGUCCACAAAACGUUGUCCCUGUUUCUCUAGGUGGUUGGAGCUCAGAAUGGGAUCCCCAAAGUUCACUGGCUUCUGUUGUUUUCUCUGCUAGAUCCUGCAACUGUUGGUAAAUAUCUUUGUUUCUAUGAAUGUGACUAGUCAAAUAAACAGCAAAAAUGUAAGUGUGAAAAUAAAUUGUGUAUACUGUUCUUUGCUCAAACCAGCUAGAUGUAUAAAGUUUCUAGUCGUAUUCAUAUUCUCUGCAACUGACUUUAUGAGUUUGGGCCUCAUGAUCUGGGUCAGUGGCUCCAUGGUCCUUUUCCUGCACAGACACAAGCAGCGAGUCCAACACAUUCACAGCAACAGGAUCUUCAGAGCUUCUCAAGAGGCCAGAGCCACACGCACCAUUUUGAUCCUUGUGAGCACCUUUUUUUCCUUUUACCUCACUCUUCUCUCUUUUGCACGUUUGGAUGACUAUUUGUUAUUCCAGGUCAGUGGCUGGUGGACACCUCUAUGAUUUUGUCCUCGUGUUUCCCAGCGUU